AUGGCAACCAACGACCCCAACGAUUCCCGCGACAUGAAUUACGAGAAUGAUCAACCAGAUUAUGAGGAUUGCCAUCGAUGCAUUUUGAAGCGCCUCGAUUGCGAUUGGGAUGGCCACCCCCGACAUUCUUGCACGAAUUGCCGCAGAGGCGGGAAUUCCUGCCGCUCACUGGACAAUCUUCUGAAUUCAAUUGAUACAACCACCGAGAACGCCCGACAGCUCGCGCCUCAGCGCACAGUGGGCACGAAUGACUACAAUGGCCAAGGGUUCAACCCGCACCUGCCAAGUCAAGUCAUUUAUCAAGGGCCGACGUACAACAACGGAUUGCAAUACCCGUCCGGCAAGCCACAUCGCCCGAAUAACCAGCGACGCAAUACUUAUGCGUCGACGAAUCGGAACCCUCGUUCCAACCCUCCACCCGUUGCGCAAACCAAGCACGAUUUGAGUCAAUAUCAGAUGCGUGACAUCAGAAAACACGCAUGGGACUUGAUACGAAACUCGAAUGCGAAGAAUCCCAAGCUCGAUAGCUUCAGGGCCGAACCAGGAAAGAGCGAAUACUUGGACGAGUACGUGCAACAAAUGCGAAGUCGAGACGGCAUCGCUUUUGGGUCGCGACUGUCCCAGGUCACCAAACCGAAUAUUCACCAAGGUCAUCGCCAACGUCGACCGCUAUUUGGUCAAGGAGCACCUUCACAGCUCCGAGAUACUGUCAACCGGAAUCACCGAUCAAAUCGGGAGAAAGACCUUGAAGACGAGCUAGAGUCGUGGAAGUACAAGGCCAGAAUGAGUCAAUGGGAUAAACAGAUGAUGGAGAAGGAAGUACAGAUGAAGUAUAAGGAGCUUCACGAAGUUCAGAGAGCUCUCUCACGCAAGAACAUUGAACUGGGCAUCCCGCGAAAGUCGCAGAAGAACAAGGGCAAGAAAUCCCGACAUGGUGCUAAGCGGCAGAAGAUAGACGACGAGGAAUUCGACCGUCUGCCGCCGUCACAGCAAGCACAGGCCAUUGACGACGACAUGGAAGAGCUCCGAAAUAUGUCUGAAGACGAGGAAGAUCCGCGCGAUAUCAUAAAUAGAGCCUUGGCCCUUUCACUACGACGAAACGAAGAAGAUCCAAACGAUAUCGUGGCUCAAGCUUUGGUCUUUGGUGCGACACCACCACCACGAAUCGAAGAAUAUCCGCGCGAUAUCAUGGAUCAAGCUUUGGCCCUGGGGGAGACGUCAUCAGAUGUUCAAUCUGACGAUGAGAAGGGCAGCGUGUCUCCGUCUGAUCGAACAGGCGGGAAGCGUGGGAGGCGCCGAUAG